UCUCGAGUCGAUGAGAGGCGCCAUACCGCGACUUGCCUUUACCACGCUUCAAGUUCCGACUCGUAGACGCUACGAGAAGUUGGUGGUCCAAGGCUUCUGGAUACUGUGUAAUAUUUAAUCGGAGAUUUCAGCCGCGCCCAGUUCCCAGCAUGGCAGACUCGAAGCCAGUUGAGCCAGAGGCUUCAGCGCCAAAGGCGGAAAUCCCAAAAUCGGCAGCGAAAAAUGCGAAGCCAGUGCGCCCACCGAACCCGGUAUGGAAAAUGAUGGGUCUGCCGAAUAUGCGGCUCAAAUUACCAUCUCGGAACUGGUCGAUAUUCCUCUCAAUAACCGGUACUAUUACGGGGCUUGUAGUAUAUGAUAAGAGGGAGCAGAGGAGGGUGCAAAAGAAAUGGAGCAAGCUUGUCGAGCACUUGGCCAAGGAACCACUCGACCCGAAAUCGAUGCCUAGGAAACUCACAGUGUUCCUCGAGGCUCCUCCGACGGACGGGCUACGGGUUGCUCAAGACCACUUCAAAGACUACGUGAAGCCGGUUCUCGUAUCUUCAGGCCUUGACUGGGAGUUUAUCCAGGGGCGCAAGGAGGGCGACGUGCGCGCCGAGUUGGCAGAAAAGAUCCGAAAGGAGCGCCAGCUUGCCACGAACGAGAUCCAAGAAGACGACCCCGUCCUCGCUGCUCGCCUUACCAAUGGCUCAAAAUUAUACGAGGGACCUCUUGGAGAUAUUGUUAUUGGGCGUAAUACUUGGAAAGAAUACGUACGAGGUAUCCACGAGGGAUGGCUUGGUCCCGUCACGGAACCUGCCAAACCAGAAGUACCCGUCGAGGCAGUGGAGCCAGUUGCCGAGCCAGAAGUUAUCGAGACUCUCCCCGGCAUCACUGUCCACACCUCCACCGACGACGUCCCCCCUGCUCCCAUCAACCCCGACCUCAAGCCAGACGGCAAGCCACCCAAACCCCCGCAGCCAAAGCCAUGGAUCUCCACCGACGCCUACUCCGCCGCCACUCCCGCGCCCACUCUCCCUAACGAACUCGACCCAUCCGUCCCAAUUGCAUUCCCACACAUCCUCGGAUUCUUCAAUACCCCAAGACGCAUGUACCGUUUCUUCACGCGCCGUCGCCUCGCCGACCAAAUUGGCCGCGACGUAGCAGCUGUCAUCCUCGCGAACACGAGGCCAUACCAUACUACCUCCAUUGCGGGAGGUGAUUCGUUUGCGCCUUCUUCGGAUGGAAGUGAUGGUGUGGUGAACGACGAGGCCGACAAGUCGGAGCAGGGCACGGUCCUGAAGGAGGAGGAGCAGGAUUGGCACAAGUCCGUCCACAAGCCUCUCGAUGACUUGACUAAGGAGCGUACGUGGCUCGAUGAUGUGGUUCUCGACCCCCGUAUCGCUGGGAGGAUGAGAAGGGCGGAGUUGAGCCCGGAGGAUGAGGCGCGCGCGGAGCGGAUUGCGAAGGAGAUCACGGAGGAGGAGAUUGAGGGAUGGAUCAAGGGGAACCUGAGGAAAGGGUGGAGAGCUGGGAAUGAGGCGCUGUUUGGAGAGAAGGCGAAGAGGCCUGGAGAGGGCCUUGUUGAGGAUGAGAGCAUGGAGGAUAGAUGAUGAGGUUGUUGAAGGCUGUGGUGGGAAGAGAGAUGUAAGAAAAUUUGUAUGAUAAGGCAUUUAUCUCUGGGGUGAGAUAGGGUAGCCCGGUUUUGCAUAUUAUCUGUCACACCAGAUGUAUUAUAGUUAUAGACGAUGAGGAGCGCAACUCAUUUGGGUUAUGUAUGUACAAAUAUGAGCACGCAACGUAUGAUCUCCUCUG